AACAAGUUUGGGUUGUUGGCGAGAAGGCUAAUGAUUCUCAUAACGGAUUGUUGUGUCGGCGACAUGUUUCCUUACUUGAAGUGCAUUGACGUUCUUCGAGGAUUUACAUCAAGUCUGAAACAAGUUAAUAAAGAAAUGGAUACAUUUUUUUAUCAGAUCAUUGAAGAACAUGGAUCUUUGAAAAACAAUGGCGAAAAGGAUCUUUUAUCGAUCAUCCUCAAACUCCAAGAAGACGGCUUGCUUGAUAUGGACCUCACCCCAGACAACAUCAAAGCAAUCAUGCUGGACAUGUUGGUUGGUGGAACUGAUACAACUUCAACAACGCUCGAGUGGGUAAUGGCUGAACUAAUUAAGAACCCAAACGGCAUGGAAAAGCUUCAAAAGGAGAUAAGAGAUGUGGUUGGAAAUAAAUCAAAGAUAGAUAUGAAGGAUAUAAAUCAAAUGGAUUACUUAAGAUGUGUAAUCAAAGAAGCUUAAAGGCUUCAUCCAGCAAUUCCACUCCUUGUCCCUCGACAAACAACAUCAUUGGUUAACCUCGGAGAUUACGAAAUACCUCCAAAUAUUACAGUUUUCUUUAAUGUGUGGGCGAUUCAAAGAGACCCCGAAUUGUGGGAUAAACCAGAAGAGUCCAUCCCAGAAAGAUUCGAGAAAAGUUCGGCUGAUUUCAAAGGUCAAGAUUUUGAGUAUUUCCCAAUUGGUUUCGGCCGAAGGGGAUGUUCAGGAUUGGCGUUUGCGGUGGCGUUCAUUCUUUAUCUGGUUGCUAAUCUCUUGUAUUGGUUCGAUUGGGAAUUGUCUGAUGGUGAAAAUGCCGAGAAUUUGGACAUGGGUGAAGUCUAUGGGCUCACUGUCUGCAAGAAAGUACCCCUUCGUGUUCUGCCCAUAUUUACAAAACCCAAUUAGAGGAGUAGACACAAUUGAAUUAU